AUGUGGGCGCUUUUGGUUCUCAUAGGUACUGCAGCUGUUUCUGCUCAGCUGCAGGAUCUUGCCUUUGAUGGCCAGAAGGUGUUUCGUGUGAUUCCACAGAAUGAAGAACAGGUGGAAAUCAUCAGUGCCCUUGCCAGCAGAAUGCAGGUUGACUUUUGGCAGCCAGACUCUGUCACACAGGUAAAGCCAAAAAUGAAGGUUGACUUCCAAGUUGAAGCUGACAAGACUUUUGAAGUUGAAAGUCUUUUGGCACAAAACAAAAUGGAGUAUAGAGUUUUGAUUGACAAUCUGCAGACUGCAAUGGAAGCUCAAUUUGACAGCAAAGUUCGUGCUUCUGGUCACAGCUAUGAGAAGUACAAUGAAUGGGAAACGAUUGCUGCCUGGACUGCUGAUAUUGCUGCUGAGAACCCAGACCUUGUCUCUCGCAGUGUAAUUGGGGAAACAUAUGAAGGACGGCAACUGUACCUUCUCAAAGUGGGAAAAAGUGGUACAAACAAGCAGGCCAUCUUUAUAGAUUGUGGUUUCCAUGCAAGAGAGUGGAUCUCCCCUGCUUUCUGCCAGUGGUUUGUGAAAGAAGCCGUUGAGACCUAUGGAAAAGAUAGUGUCUUGACCAACCUUCUUGACAGGUUGGACUUCUACAUCCUGCCUGUUCUAAAUAUUGAUGGCUAUGUUUACACUUGGACAACCAACCGCAUGUGGAGAAAGACACGCUCUAAAAAUGCUGGCAGCUCCUGCAUUGGUACUGAUCUCAACAGGAACUUCGAUGCUGGAUGGUGCACUAUUGGGGCCUCAUAUAACCCUUGUGCUUCUACCUACUGUGGCAGUGCACCUGAGUCUGAAAAAGAGACCAAGGCCUUGGCUGAUUUUAUUCGUGAACAUCUUUCUUCCAUCAAGGCAUACUUCACUAUUCACUCCUAUUCCCAGCUGCUUCUGUUUCCUUAUUCAUAUACUUACCAAUACCCAUCGAAUUUUCAGGAACUGAAUUCCAUUUCUGCAACUGCAACCAAACAGCUGGCUAGUUUGUAUAACACCGAAUAUAUAUACGGCCCAGGAGCUGAAACUAUCUAUCCUGCUGCCGGGGGCUCUGACGACUGGGCUUUUGACCAAGGCAUCAAGUACUCUUUCACCUUUGAGCUCCGAGACACUGGAAGAUACGGUUUUCUUCUUCCUGAAUCUCAGAUAAAGCCAACCUGUGAGGAAACUCUUCUUGCUGUUAAAUAUCUUGCCAAUUACGUCCUUGACCACUUGUACUAG